AUGCAAUUUGGUUACUCUUCUUGGGGAACACCCCUGUUGCAUGUCGUCGGCACGCAGUUGGUGGAGCUCCAACCCAUCAAAAGUGGUCCGACAGUGGCUCCAUUGGGCUGCCAUCGACGCGUUUACACAUACAAGGUAACCCAAUCCGAUUUGCUUGGCCGCGAGUGCUGGGAUUAUGUGAGCGUUUGGUCCUGUUGGGGCCGCUGUGACUCUAGCGAAAUAUCGGAUUGGAAAUUUCCAUACAAACGCUCAUUUCAUCCCGUGUGCGUGCAUGCCCAGCGGCAGCCAGCGGUAGCUAUACUCAAAAACUGUCACCCCCAAGCCGAUGAGGGCAUAAGCAAGUAUCACUACAUGGAGGCGGUAAACUGCCACUGCCACACAUGCUCCACACAGGACACCAGCUGCGAGGCUCCAGCUAAUAACGUGCUGGACGAGGGAAGCAAGGCUGUCAAAGUCUUGACCCUCACUGGGGCCGAUUCCGUGGACCUGGACUAUUAGACGAACGUACAUAUAAACUGUUUUAUGGUUCAGUGUAGUGCAGUACAGGGGCUUCUUCGGUUACAAUAAAACAUACUUUACAGCACGUUGCAUUCAAAGCACACAA